AUGCUCUUUUUAUCUUGUAUAAAAGAGAAGAAGCCUGCCCCGGCCCGCUGCAAUUUAUCCGCACCGGUUGGAGAACACGGAUCAGAACGGGAGCCGGAUUCAGCUGGUACCACGGCGGCCACGGUGUGCCAGGCGACCCUUUCGAUCCGAGGAUUUAUCGCGACGAGGGCUUACAGAAGGUUGAUCGACAUGUGGUGGCCUCCCACCCCGAAUCGUUUAACAUCCAUUCAACGUCCACAGGCUUUCUGCAUUCUGGUUCUGGCGAUCAGCGAGCCUCUCCUCGCCCACGCCGGCAAAGUGGUGGUUGUGAUGCCGCAGCAGAUAAGACGUAGCCCAUCGUCAUCGUGGCGACCAAUUGCUCCCCGUUACAGGAAGUCCUCCCAGGAACCCCAUUACCGUCGAUAUCACGGUACACCUGGACAUUAUCACUCUAAGAAACACCUGUACUCGAGCCCGCCGUAUCCCCACGGCGGGGAUGACUUCGAUCAAGGCCACGAGAGCGUGAACCACGUGAACAUACCGUACGGAAAGGACAUCAGCCAUGCGAUUUCCUACGGCAAGGGUUACGUUCCCUACGAUCAUAUCAAGGGCAGCUUCUCCUUCGGCCGUGAAAAAUACCCAGGCCCGCAAGAGCACAAGCAAUCGGAGCAAGUGCACGCGCCGACCUCCUACUCCACGACAGGCCCGGAGUAUCCUUCAUCGGGACACUCGCAAGAGUCCCCGCUGCCAGAAACUUUCUUCGCCGAUCCAGAAAGCGCGAUGAGUUACAACGAGAGGAGGAACGAUCGCAAGAAAUUCUAUUCGUCGAGAUCGAUCGAGAAGGAGCUAACCGCGAACAGCCCGAUCGAUCUCAGCGGUGUCGUCGAUCAGGGGAAGGAACAGCUUCUCUUUCUUCAACAGAAGGCUGCGGAACUGUACAGUAACGUGUCGCCACAGCCUCAAGGGAACGUUCUGUUGCCUUCUGGGAUCCCAGCUGCUACAAUUGGGGGUAGCAAAGAGGGUAUCGUGAUCAGGGACAGCGUAUCAUUGGGCGAGUACCAACAGAAGCUCCAGGAAAUGACAAAAUCGUGGCCCCAAUAUCUGCUAAACGGAGCUUCUGGUUUAGCUGGUAGCUAUCAGGGCCAGCAAUUGGCCCCUAGCUACUCGAACCUUCAGCCAUCUUCUUCCUUCGGUGGAUCCUUUGCCUGGCCCUUGAAUAUUGCACAACCAAAACAAGGCUACGCUGUAAAAGAAGACACUAUGGAACCUCCACACGAUUUUCGAUCUAUGCCCAUUCAAACCAACCCGUUCCAAGGGUUCAAUGCUCCCCUAAACAACGCCCUACCGUCGCUCGCGCAGACGGUCAAUGGGUAA